UAGGAAUAUGGGCUGCAAGUUGACCGGUCCUGCUUCUCUCGUUACUCGUUACCUUCUUCGUUUGUUCUAGGCCAACUGGGACCACACAGGUUCUGCCUUGGCGGCCACUGCGAUGGAGAGCGACGCGAAUCAAAACAGUCCCAGUCCUGUCUCUGCGGACGACGCUGAGCCAAUAGACGCCGUUGCCGCCGCUUCGCAGAUCCAUGUCAAAGACUUCUCUCAGGCGAAGACCUCCCCAGAUGAUGCUGAGCAAGGGGAAACGGAGGGUCCGGCUCAUGAAAGCCAGGCUCUUCAGUCUUCUUCCUCGGCCUCUUUGACCGCCGCUGGCCCAUGGCCGGGGUUUGUGCAUGUCAACGGCGACGUGGGUGGCCCAGGUCAUAACGAGACGUUUGUGGAUGUCAUCGCUGUGCCGUGCCCCGGUGCCGAACCCAUACGAACCUGGACCUUUGGCCAUGAGCUUUGCGGCGAUGCCAAUCCCGCAGAUUGCCCCAAACAUAGCCCAUGGAUUGUUAGAGACUUGCGGAUGUCGGCCAACAUGGCGCGAGUCUUUCUUUACAAGCAUCGUGCCUUAGAGGAGGGCAUGACGCUGCAGGACUUGUCCGAAGACCUGUUGCAUCUGGUGGAGAAGAUGCGCGCUGGGGCCACUCGUCCCCUAUUCUUCAUUGCCCAUAGCAUCGGGGGGUUGGUGGUCAAAAGCGCGCUGGUAACGGCUAGUCGUUCAGCCAGGUACCAGGGAAUUGUAGACAACUGCCAUGGAGUGACGUUUCUUGGCACUCCUCAUCGGGGAUCCAGCUACAUGUCCAUGCCGAACCUGAGAGACAGCAUUCAAGCGCUCCUCCACCUGCAGGUGGCACUCCCUCGGUCCUUAGCCAAGCAGAUCCGUGUCAACAACACCGAAUUGCUUAACCUGCAGGAGCAGUUUAUAGACAUGGCUAGCGAGCUUCGCCUUUGGUCUUUCUAUGAGACCCAAGAGUCGAUGCUGUCGGGCUCCGUCGCUGACUUUCCCACCGAGAUUCAGUUCGGUGUCCCACUGGUGUCAGUCAAGUCGGCACUCCUGGACGUUUGGGAUGAAGAUGUCUACGCAGUCGACAGCGACCACGCUCAUCUCGCCUCCUUUAUGCCAAACAGCGCAGGCAUUCUUGACUCAUACCUCUCAGAUUUGGCCACCGCCAUAUCCAAGGCGGCGCUUACACUCUCUUACCCUCACACUCCGCUGAACCUGGGAUCCCACGUGAAGGUUGAGGUCACUGGCUUUUACGAGGACCCGGAGGCCUUGGUGGGAUCACCUCGACAGCAACCCGGGGCAGAGGCUGGCUCCAUCAUUCGACUCUAUUCUACAAAAUAUGCUUACAGGGAUUUCCUCAAAAAGGGACCCGAGCGUUGCCUAGCGGAACGGCUCCAUAGAGGCCCCAAGCCACGGUCCAACCAGCGCGCCGUUGGUGACGUUCCUGAAGAAGACCCUUCCGCCGGAGAAACACGAGGGCAAGACGCUGGUCUCGACCUUCCCAGUUCCACGAACGUUGCGUCGCAAACAAGUACAUCGGCUGUCUCGCCGGAGAUCGUCAUCACCAGCCCACUGGAGCGGCCACCACUGCUGAGGGUGCCAGCUCAAUCGGAGCCAAGCUUUCGCCCCCCAAGCCCCGAAAGCAAUGCCAGUGUCAGCACAACUGCAUCAGAGUCCGCCGUGCCGUUGAGCAGCGACUUCGCCGCGGACGAAGCUCACACGAUCGCCUUGUUGACUCAUCACCAUAAGAUGAUGAUGAAGGAACACGACCUCGCGGGCACCGCAGGCUUCUCGAGACCCAAACCCUCACAGAGAAAGUUCGUGUGGGUCCACGUGCCCUUCAAUAAUCCCGUCUGGGUCAAGGAGAUCUUUGCAACUUUCGCCAGGACCCAGGGCCGGGAUUUCUCGCGUCUAUUUGACUAUGAUAACUGGGUGUCCAAACAGAUCCAGAACCGCAAUUCCGAAUCCCAGCCGGCAUACCUCAAGGCAAUGUGCAAAUACCUCUCGGCUGCCGAUAACCUGGGUUCUCCGCGGACCAUGUCGCCUUUGUUGGUCCCCACCACGUUGGGCAUCAUGCCCAACUGUCUCUUGCUUUACAUCCCCUACCUUCACUUCGACACGUACCGCAGCAUGAUUCAACGCCGCAAACUGAUCUCGAGCCGCCGUUAUCAUGGGCGAGCUAAACCUGUGCCGGAGUGGGUGGCCCUGCAAGAGUCCCUCGAGCUGAAGGUGAUUUGGGAGUACAUCGGCUUUGACCCGCCGCUGAAUUGCCGAAGGACGCUCGACCAGUUUGGCCAUCACUCUCUGAGGGAUACCAAUUCACGGGACGACGACCAGAUGCUGUACAAACUGACCAAGAAGGAUCCGGCCAUGCCCUGGAGCAAGAGCUCGAGGAAUAGCUUUGACAGGAGUCAGCGUUCCUUGUCGUCGGCGGCCAUGGGCUCCGUCACUAGCAUCGAUAGCGGUCCCGACGUCAUAUCGGAGCUGAAGGACGGCUAUGUCUUGAUGGUUGAUCAGUUAUGGCUAUGGUCGAUAGACAUGACCACUCUGGCGACGUUCUUCCCCAAGCGGGAGUCGUCACCUACGGAGGGAACACUCUUUCAGCAGGCGGACCUCCGAAACAGCGUCUACAACGAGCUCAACGGCGACUUGACGGGUAGGACGGAGAACACUUUGGACUUAGCCGCUUUGAUCGUGUGGCAUGCUGUUACUGUUCUUCUUGACCGAUCCUCGCACCCGGACCUCGAAAUAUUCCGUAUCUUUGAUGAGGCCAUUGGGAUGCUGGCUGAAAGGAUGACCUUGAACAUGAAACAUUUCCGUAUCAAUGCCCUCGACUUGGAAGCUGACGAUGACGAGGACGAUUCCGACGACGAGGACAUUGAGGGAGAAAGCCCCGCCGCAAUCAAGAAGCGUCACCGACGCGAGCUGGAGCGGUCGGAACGCGAGAAUAGGGAAAACACGUCGGCGCUGCUCGAGUUGCGCGACCUGGAGGACGAGCUGAACACCUUGCUCAAACUCUUCGACAUGCAAUACUCAACCAUAAGCGAUUUGAAGAAGAUCUAUACGAGCAAGGAUUUCAAAGAUAUCACCAAAAAUGGUCAGGAGUAUCUAGACGAGGCGCUCGAGUACCUAGACGAGUACAAACAAACCACCGCCGAGAUGCUAAAGAGGGUAGACACGACCAGGAACGAUUACGAGAAGAUGCUGGAAAUGGUGCAGCGGCAGGCCCAAGUCGACGAGGUCCGCUGGUCGCGGCUGCAGGCAGAGCUGGCGUCGAGCCAGAACCUCUCUGUCAUCAUCUUCACGACCUUCACCGUCAUCUUUCUCCCAUUGACCUUCUUCACGGGCCUGUUUGGCAUGAAUACGAUUGAGUGGCAGGAGGAGAACGUGCCGAGCCUCAAAGAGAUUGGCGCCAUCUCGCUCCCUGCCUCAGUCCUUCUAAUUGCGGCCUCACUGAUGGCCGCCUUCAGCUGGCGCGUGCAAAAAGCCUUCAAAGGGACGUACCGAGGCAUCAGGACGUCGUGGAGGGCGGUCAAGCGUCUAUAUGCCGACCGGAUGGAGCCCGAGUCGCGGAAGGAGGCGAAGCGCAGGCGGAGAGAGGAAAAGAAGAGACGGGCGAUGGAGGCCAAGAUGGCGCAUGAUGACAAGGCGUAUGAUUUUUGGGCCAUGGUCAAAUGGCAGCAGCGAGAGCUGCCGUAUGGGUACAAGAUCCCGGUACAGAACGUCACCGUUCCUCCGUCGGCGGAUAUCAUGUCGAGGCGGAAGCGGGCCUGAGGUAGGGCGGGCCAUGACAGCAAGUAUGUCAACGGCGAUAUAGGAAUUCCUCCAUGGAUACAGCCCAGUUUCGCUCCCUUACCCUCUUGAGCUUU